UGGGGCAGCCGCGGGGCUCUGGGCCGUGUGGGGCAGCGGGUCUGGAGGUGCUGCUGCCGCCUCCUCGCCGUGCGGGGUCUGUCGGGGCUCGGCCCGGAAGGGAGGGGAGUUUGGCUGAGGGAUAACAGAGCUGCCGGUCGCUCCAGCUUUGAGUGCUUGCGUUUCGUAUCUAGUUAGUGGUUGUAAUUCUUAAAAAACGAGGAAUGAGCGUAUUUCUCAUUCUGAGUUCAGUUCUCUUGAACUGAACCUCAUUCCUAAUUUUAGAGCGAAGGAGCCUUUAAUGGGGAGUUUCACUUUUCUCUCCAUUUUCAGAAAGACUUUGUGAUUAUUCAUUAGGCACGGUUGUGGCAUGAGGAGGGGAAGACUUACAAGAGUUAUAUUAAAGCUGCAUGGGAAGGAUGGACUUUUCUAGUUUACCCUGUGUUUUCCUAUUUACUGACUGCUAGAGCGAACCACAAAGUUUGGAGUUUACUAGUCAUGUAACAUAGUUUCCUGUAUCAAACUGGACUGAGCAAUAAAUACACUGCUCUGAAAUUUUGAUCUUUUCCUCACAAGUUGGAGGCUAUGGAAAGUGUGCAGUCAUGACACGUGUAAGUGGAUGUAAUUGCAUGAAGUCUGACAGUACUCUGAAAGCUAUUGCUUACAAGUGUAGCAUUAAAGGAAGCUUCUGUUGAACCAGUGGCUAAAUUAUUUCUUCUACAUCACUUGCUUUCAUCUUGCCUUCCCUUUUCUCCCCUGACCAUGUACUGCUGUUGUUAAUUAUAUUGCAGCUUUUGAAGGACCAAAGAUUCCUCACAAAGCAGCAACUAGAAAUAAUCAUUUAGGAAAGGUGCUAUACUUGUCAACAUUUGGGUUUUAAUUAGCUGGAAUACAAGAUGCCUAUUUAUGCAGUUCCUGCCAGGAGUCCUGCUGGGACACGAUGCACGGCCGCUUUCCAGAAGGCUUCCUCACACAACACCCUGGCCAGCAGUAAAGUAUCUGGGCAGCAGCUGAGGUCACAGGUGUUGGGAGAAAAGGAUUGUCUGACUUCAUGUCCUCAGAAUAAGACUGAGGAAAUAAAUAGGACCUAUGUGAUUUCAGCUUGUGAAAAAGUGAGUGAUGUGUCAACUUCUUUUAAACUGGAAGGCAGAUUAACACUCCAGAGGAGAACUGGAGCAAGCAAAAAAUCAGUGUCUGGUAGUGAUGCAACACAGAGUACGGAAGAACUACAAACAGAGAAAAGACUUACUCUGCGGAGGCGUGUGAGGACUGGUUCCACAGAGAAGAGUAAAAUUAAUCAGAAUAUUGUGUCUAGAAAGGAAAAUGAUGACUUUGCACAAAGAAAUGACAAGAUUACACUUCCACAGAAUAUUAAGGGUACAGAUGGUGUUAAACCAAACUUGAAAUUAACUGAGAGUCAGUCAAGUACCAAGUUGCAGCAUAACCUGAACAGCAAGAAUUCCUUUGGUUUAGUUGGUGGUGUCUGUGAAAACGCUAUCAACACGUGUUUGAAAGAUAAGACAAGCACUGCUGACACAAAGUUUCAAAAUGAAGUUCCGAAAUCAGAACGAUUCAUUACCUCAAAAUGUGCUAAUAGGCUGUCAGGAGAACAACUGAAUGAGAAAGACAAUCUAAAUAAGUUAGCUGGAAAGCAAAGGGUGCAGCACCUGAUGAUAAAACACAACAGCUUGGAAAGACCAAAGACACCAGCAAAAGUUUUAACAGAAAGAUUUACACCAAAGAGCAGCACUUCUCAAGAUCAACCAUCUCUCAAGUCAGCCUCAUAUGAACAAAUACCUGAUGUGCAAAAUUUAGCCAAGAAACUCCCUAGUGUCUCUAGCUCUCUUCCUGUGAGUACAAGUUCAGAAACAAAAGUGAACACAGAAACUUUAGCUGAGAGCAGCAGUACUGGGGAAGAUGUUUUCAAAGUGAAAAACAGCAAAGUGAUUGUAGCUGUGCGGGUGCGGCCCCUUAGUAACAGAGAGAAAACUGAAAACUCAUUCCUUGUGGUCUCCAUGAGUGGUUCAGAGACAAUUGUACGAAAUCCAUCCACAAACCAAAUUUACAGCUUCAGUUACGACUUCUCUUUCUGGUCUUUUGACAAGGGUCAUCCUAAUUUUGCAAGCCAAGCAAUGAUUUAUGAAACUUUGGCACUGCCACUCCUUGAAAGAGCUUUUGAGGGAUACAAUGCUUGCGUUUUUUCUUAUGGGCAGACUGGCUCUGGAAAAUCAUACACGAUGAUGGGAUUUGACGAAGAUCGAGGAAUAAUUCCAAGGCUUUGUGAAGAUCUUUUCAAUCAAAUAGCACAAAUGGACAAGCAACAGGUUUUGUAUCAUCUUGAAAUGAGCUUCUUUGAAGUAUACAAUGAAAAAAUUCAUGAUUUGCUUGUCUUUAAAGCUGAAAAUGGACAGAAAAAACAACUUCGUGUAAGAGAACAUCCAGUGCUAGGACCAUAUGUGGAAGGCCUGACAGUGAAUGUUGUUCGUUCUUACUCUGAUAUUCAGAGUUGGCUUGAACUAGGAAAUAAGCAGAGAGCAACAGCUGCUACAGUAAUGAAUGACAAGAGCUCUAGAUCCCAUUCUGUCUUCACCCUUGUCAUGACACAAACCAAGGUAGAAUUUGUGAAUGAAGAACAGUGUGAACGUAGACUCACCAGUCACAUAAAUCUAAUUGAUCUUGCUGGCAGUGAGUGCUGUACAAAGGCUCAGACCACUGGAGAAAGGCUGAAGGAAGGUGUGAGUAUCAAUAAAUCACUGUUGACCCUUGGAAGGGUUAUUUCUGCACUGUCUAAACAAUCUCAAAAUGGAAAGAAAGCUUUCAUUCCUUACCGGGAAUCCGUCCUUACUUGGCUGUUAAAGGAAAGUCUUGGUGGCAAUUCCCAGACAACCAUGAUAGCCACAGUGAGCCCAGCUGCCAGCAGCAUUGAGGAGACGCUCAGCACACUUCGCUAUGCAAAACAGGCUUGUUCAAUUAUCAACAUUGCUAAAGUAAAUGAAGAUGUAAAUGUCCAGCUGAUCAGAGAAUUAAAAGCUGAAAUUGAAAAACUGAAGGCAGCUCAGAAAAGUGCUCUAAACACUGACCGUGAAAAAUACAGGCGUUAUUUGCAGGAAAUAACAUCUCUGAGGAUAGAAUUGUGCCAGCAGGAGAGGAACAUGGCAGAAAUGCAAAGGGCCUGGAAAGAAAAACUUGAACAAGCAGAAAAAAGGAAAUUGGAAGAUAUAAAAGAAUUGCAGAAAGCUGGAAUUGCAUUCAAAAUGGACAAUCAUUUACCAAACCUUGUCAAUCUUAAUGAAGAUCCUCAGCUUUCUGAGGUGCUGUUAUAUAUGAUCAAAGAAGGAGAAACUACAGUUGGAAGGUGUACACCAAAUUCAAAACAUGAUAUCCAGCUUUCCGGAGUGCUGAUUGCUGAUGACCAUUGUGUUAUUAAAAAUACUGAUGGCAAAGUAAGUAUUAUUCCACUUAGAGAAGCCAAGACAUAUGUAAAUGGGAAAUGCAUUUUGGACCCAACAAUUCUGCAUCAUGGUGAUCGAGUGAUCCUUGGGGGAGACCAUUAUUUCAGAUUUAAUCAUCCAGCAGAGGUUCAGAAAGUUAAAACACCUUCUUGUGGGACUUUGUGUUUGCAUGAUGGUCCAAAAGAUUUUGAAUUUGCAAAGAAUGAGCUGCUUGUUGCACAGCGAGCACAGCUUGAAUCAGAAAUUGAAGAGGCACGACUCAAAGCCAAGGAAGAAAUGAUGCAGAGUGUCCAAGUAGCAAAAGAGAUGGUUCAGCAAGAACUGAUGUCACAAAAAGAAGCGUAUGAGAGCAAAAUAAAAUCUCUGGAAGCAGAGGUGAGAGAAGAAUCUCUUAAGAAGCAAAUCCAAGAACAGAAUAACCAAAAAGCCACAACUAAAUAUCAGUUUAAAUAUCAGAUCAAAAAAUUUAGCUUCAACAAACAGCAUUAGGAGUUUUAGAUUUUUUUUUUUUUACCACUGCCCAUUUUCUCCCAGGCUCUAGAAGACCAUACUAUUCAUCAUGUAAAAAUAGUGGAAGCUCUGGAAGCUGAGAAGCAGAAGAUUGCUGAGGAAAUCCAUACCCUUCAGAAGAAUCAUGGAAGUGGGAAUAAAUCAGUGAUGAUUCCAUUGAACUGGAAGUCACUGAAGCUGUCUGUGAUGAUUAGAGAGGCUAACGCCAUUAGCAAUGCAUUAGAGAAAAACACUGUUUUCUGCAGGCAUGACAAAAUUGAUGAUAAAACAGGUACAGUGUCUUCUAUUCAGGUGCAGGUUCGUAACAUCAAACUGGGAAUAACAACUUUUUGGAACCUGGAGAAAUUUGAAUGUAAACUAGCAGCAAUGAAAGAACUCUAUGAGAGUAAUGAUAGAAAUAAAGCUGUUGAUGUGUUUUAUGAUCCUGCUGAUGAGUGGGAACCUGACCUUUCAGACAGCUCCAUUUCCUUGCUUUCCAGAAGAAGAAGUAGAAGCUUCAUGAAGAACAAGAGAGUUUCUGGAUGUUUGUCUGAGAUAAAAUUGCAAUCUAUACAGAAUAAACAGACUUCCUAUAUAUCAGGUUUACUGAACAAGUCCAGCAUAUGCUCAAGCAUUUCUGAAUUGUUUCUUCCUGGAAUUUGCAAGGAGUCUAUAAGUUCAGCUUUAGAUUUGCUCGGACAGAGUCGUGAAGGAGGAAAAAGCAUAGCAGAUAGUCUCCUAACUAAUUUGUUUAUAAUCUUUUCUGGGGUGUCUGCCAUUUCAAAAGCCUAUGAACAGCAAGAUGAAGAAUGUCAGGAAAACAUUUUCUCUCUUGAUCGUGCUGCUCAGUCCUACAGCAUCAGAAUUGUCUCUGCUUUUGACCAGAUUGUGGUUAUAAGUAAGCUCUGGCUUAAUAAUGUCCAAAAGUGUCCUGGAUCUAGAAAAGUUGAUGAAGAAAUGAAACAGGAAAUAAUGAACUUGGGAGGUUAUUUACAGUUGCUGUUGCAGGGGUGUUCUUCAGAUAUAUCCUCGAUGGUAGAAGAAGCAUGGAACAAAGUAAACCAAACAGUGAAACAAACAAUGAAAUGCAUAGGACACUUGGCAGUAGUCACAACAGCUGAUAUUUCAUUUCCUGAAGAGAACAACAUUCCUGCCUCUAGUCUACAGGAAUUUGUACUUGCCAUUUAUGAUGGAGUAGGCUCAGGACUGGAAUGUCUCAUUGAUGCUGUACAGGAGAAAGCAAGAAUAGUACAGAAAGAACUUGUGAAACAAUGUCCACAAAAUGAGAUUCAAAAUCGAAUAAAGGAUAAUGUGGUGGCAUUAGCCAGAUUCCUUGAAAAUAACAUGUCUUACUGCAGAAAGAAAGAAACAGAAUCUCAGUUGCCAGAAGACUCUCUAUAUCGAGAAAUAAAGAAGAGCACUAAGAUUGCUGUGAAGUAUUUGGAAUUGGAGCAGUGCCUGACUGAAGUCUGUCAAAUUGUGUCUUCUAUGUUACAAGGGUUGUACAGAAACACCAGCCCUCUCAGGAGCUUUGCAGGAAAUAUUUCUGUUAUUGCUGGAUAUUUUAACAACUAUUUCAGUUUAUUUGCCUUGUCUUCUGCAAACAACCCUAUCCAGAAAAUGCACGUGCCUUUUAUGAACCUGGAUGAAUUAGACUCACUGGUUGAUUCCCUUAUUAUGAAUUUUGAACUUGAACAAGGACAGCCAUCAUUGCAAUCUCAAAUUAUUUGUAGUGAAACUGCUGAGACUCAAGGAGGACAGUUUGAAACAGGUCAGGUUGAAUUUGCUUCGAAAUGGAGUGGGAUUCCAGAAUGCACACAGACUCCUGAGCUUUCUCCUGGUAGGAUAGAAUGGGUAUAAAAUGUAUAAAAUGUUAUUAUCAAGGAAUUAAAGAGAACUUUUUCCUAUUGCAAUA